GAACCAUCCUCUUCCUCUGCUGCUCCACCCAUGAGCAAGGCACCAGCUGCUCUACACACACAUACAUGUCCUCAGCCACAACAACCUACUGGUAUUAACUGGUAUGAACCAGUUCUGAGUCACCAAACAGGCAGAAACAGCCUGAACGCUGUAACCAGCGUUUCCUGCUGAGGAAGAGGAGGUUCUUCUUCAUCAUCAGCUUCUCUGUUGAACGUCAGUCACAACCAGGCAGCAUGAAGGUCACAGCAGUCAGAGCAGCGUGGGUGUUUCACACGUUGCUGCUGCUCACGGUUCAGAGUCAGAACAGUUUUAACCUGCAGGAAGGAGGUGGAGCUUCUCUCCUCAUUGAUCCAAACAGGCUGCAGUUCUUUGAUUAUGAAUCCAUCUCCUUAAGUUGUGCUGGUUCUGAUGAAGCAGCUGAUUGGAGAGUGAUGAAAACGGACUCCUCAGGUUCUGAUCGAUGGGAAACAUCAACAGGAUCAAUGAUCAUCAAACCUGCCUAUGUUUCACACAGUGGAGAAUAUGUUUGUGAGGAUGAAGGAGGAAACAGGAGCAAAUCUGUCAACAUCAGCAUCACUGCUGCUGACGUGAUCCUGGUGAGUCCUGCUCUGCCUGUGGUGGAGGGAGAAGCUGUGAGUCUGAGCUGCAGGAGGAAAGGAUCCCCCUCCAACCUCCCAGCUGACUUCUACAAAGACGGCAGCCUCAUCAACACUGGACACACAGGCAGCGUAACCAUUCGCAGCAUCUCUGCGUCUGAUGGAGGAUUCUACAAGUGCAGCAUCUCAGGAUCUCAGGGAGAAUCAGCAGAGAGUUGGCUGCAGGUCACAGCAGCAUUUAUUCCUCCUUCCUCUGAAGAGACGACGCCAGCGUUUGAUCCACAGACGUCUCAGAGUCCUGUCUUCUUCUUCCUCCGUGUGUCUGUGCUGAUGAUGAUGAUGAUGAUGAUGAUGCUGGUGGUGGGACUCCUUCAGUGUCGGAAACACAGAGGCUGCUGGGAACAAUUAGCCACAGAAAGGAAAAAGUAAUGGACAACCCCUGUUUGUUGAAUCAUCGUUCAUGGAACUUUGAGGAGCAAAGUGCUUUAUCACAGUGAUCUGAUCUCAAACUGUGACGCUCCAGCCCAGUUUUAUCUGAUGAAUGAAAACAUUCUAGGUUCCAGAUCCAUCAUUUCAUCUGUGGAUCCUCAGAUCGUCGCAGUAACUAUUGCUUAAAGUUCAGCACCUUCUGACGAGGUCGCAUUCAACAACUAUGAGCCCUUUUUGUUCUGUAAAUUGAACAUUGCCAAUAAAGUGACUUCAGCCUUAAA